AUGAUUCAGAAGACUCGGGCCAAACUAAUGCUCGCUUCGCAAAAAUACGCACAACUCUGGGGAGACAUCAUCCCAGUGGUUUUGGUGGUCGAUUCUUCCAUAGGCGGCGGCGGCCUCCAAGGAACAACAAACGACGUCGCACGAGCAACGCCUAAAAACGCCGCAUAUGUUAUAUUCACGUCGGGAAGUACCGGCCAACCGAAGGGCUGCGUAAUCGAGCAUGAACAGCUAUGCACAAGCGCGACCCAUGGUGGAAGAGCCAUGGGAAUGGACCAACGGCCAAGAAUGUUGCAAAUCGUUAGCUACGCCUUCGACGCAUGUAUUAUCGAGAUCAUUUACACGUUGAUCUUUGGCGGGAUGCAAGUGACCAGUGCUUUCUUUACACCAUCGCUCUUCCGGAACAUUGAGCUGCAAGACAUUGGAGAACUUCACACUGUGAUACUUGGCGGCGAAAGCGUUCCCGAAGAUUUGAUCAACAAGUGGAAAACCAAACUCAGACUCAUUUCUGCGUAUGGCCCUACCGAGUGCGCUGUGGCCGUCACCGUUCUGGAUUACAGCUCAUCAGAGCAUGGGCCCGGCGACCUGGGCAAGCCUUUCGUUGGAGCAUGGGUUGUCGACCAGAAUGACCCUAACAAGCGGUUGGCCGUUGACGCUGUCGGUGAACUUCUGGUUGAGGGUCCGACUGUGGGCCGUGGCUACUUGGACGAAGCCGCAAAGACCGAGAAAGCUUUUAUACCUCCUCCGCACUGGAUGCAAGCGACAGGCCGGCAGGGUCGCCUAUAUAGAACAGGCGAUUUGGUCAAAUUCAAGAAGGACGGAACCCUGUUCUUUCUUGGUAGAAAAGAUAACCAAGUGAAAAUCCGAGGCCAGCGUUUGGAAAUGGGUGAGGUGGAGCAUCAGCUUCAGAAGGUCUUUCCGAGCUCUACGGAAGUCAUAGUCGAGGCUGUGGCGCCGACAGCCAGCUCCGGCUCCCCCAUAUUGAUGGCAUUUCUGCGAAUGGCCGAUAACAUGGGUCAUCUCAAGUGGGAGCAGGAUAGCCCUUGCGUCAUGACUUCUUCGAGCGAGCAGGGGCUUUUUCGCUCCCUUGUUACGCAAGCAACUGCAAGCCUGUCGCUUGUCCUUCCAACGUACGCAAUACCGACAUUUUUUAUCCCAGUUCAGAGCUUUCCUUUCUCCUUUUCUGGUAAACUAGACCGGAAGAGGCUUCGCAAUAUGGCUGCCGAGUUAUCCGUGGCCGAGCUCGAUAGUUUCACUGGCGAAACAGCAAAUCGACAGUUGACGGCGCUGGAGCAACGAUUGAACCAGGUCGAGGAUGUUUACCCCGCGAGCACACACCAGGACUACUUUGCAGCACCGCCAAACAGUUAUUUUCUGCAGUGCGUCUUUCGUCUACCUCCACAUAUGGAUGCUGAGAAACUCAUAACCUCUUGGGAAACUGUUGCUACCGAGAACGCUAUUUUGCGAACACGCCUUGUGCAGAUUGCUGGCGGCAGAAACUUCCAAGUCGUAAUGAAAGGCAAGCUCGAAUGGAAGCGCGAAACAUCGCUAGAGAGGUUUCUCGACAAGGACAGGGCUUCUCGCAUCGGUUACGGAGACCUCAUUACUCGCUUCGCUAUCGUGGAUGACGAGAGCAGCGGUAAGCGAUUCUUUGUUUGGUCGGGAUCGCACGCCUGCUAUGAUGGCACAGCUGUCCCCAUGCUAUACGGAGACUUGGAGCAUGCCUUUCGAAACGAAAUGUCGCCCUACCAAGGACUUAAGUUCAAUCAAUUUAUCAAGCACACUGUUCUCGCUGACCAAACUCUCGCCGAGUCAUUCUGGCGAACCUAUUUGGCGGGUUCCAAAUCAUCCAGGCCGACACAGCUAUUUUGUGUGGUCCCUGAAUCGCACAAUAUCGUGGCAGACGUCAAUCUUGCGCGAAAGUUUAGCCUGCGCAAAACGCAAACGUCUGAAAUCACAAUCUCCACCAUGACAGAGGUUGCAAUGGCUCUUGUAUUUAGUCGGCAUUUGCAGUCUGAAGAGGUGGUCUUUUCUCAAUACCGUACUGGUCGCAACGUGCCACUUCCCGGUGUCGAGGAAAUGAUUGCGCCAGCAAUGACAAAGAUUCCUCAUCGCUUUCAUGUAGCGGCCGACCGGAACAUACGAGACCUGCUUUACUCUUCCCAACACGACCUCAAUGCGAUGGCUGCUUUUGAACACCUUGGCUGGGACAAGAUCAAAAGUCUCAGCGACGACACGAUGGCGGCCUGCGACGCUGCCAUCUAUGUUACCGUCUCCGCCGGAUCAGACUACAUCACAAACACCUGGGGAGAGGGUAUUGGCAUGGAACUGCUCUGGACUGGCAUCAAGAUGCAUUCGCCGUUUCGAUUCAGUGUCAAAUCAUCCGAAGAUGGAAUCCGAGUCAAUACUACCUUUGACGGCAGUCUUCUUUCUGCGGGGUUGAUGGACGGCAUUCUUCGUCAAUUUGAGCAGGCAAUACUUCAAAUUGUGGAAGGCGAUAGUGAGCAGACCGUGGAAGAUGUGCAUCUGGAUGCAGACUGGGGUGAGCCAUCCGUACUAACUCCGGCUGUUGAAGCUCAAUCGACUGAAGAUUUACGGCUUGCAGUGCAAAAGCUGGGAUCCCCUGAUUAG